AUGGCGCCAUUGGUGCAGUUACAGAGGCUGGCUGGCGGUGAUGAUGGUGCUGCUGUAAUUGUUCUUGUUGUUGCCUUUCCAGAAGUGCUUGACGGUGCUGUUGUUGUCUUCGACAACCGUCCUCCCGAUGUCUAUCUCUUAUUAGCAUAUUUCACAGUAUAUAUAGAGAACAUAAUAUUACCGUCGCAACGUAUCCUGUCUAGCAAAGCGAUGCCCACACUGGUCGCAGCCAAACCGUUUUAG